AUGGCACAACAGAACGGUGCAAUGGUUUUCCUUUUGGAGCAUCGCUAUUAUGGCUACAGCAGACCAACAAAGGAUAUGACAACGGCGAAUCUCGUCUACCUCAGCUCAGCUCAAGCCAUAGAAGACAUGGCUGCAUUCAUUACCGCUAUGAAAAAGAAAUUUCCCGCAACUGGCAACUGCUCCAUGGGUAACAUUCGGUGGAUCGACCCAACAAAGUUGCAUCCAGGUGCACUUGCCGCAUGGGCUCGCGUCAAGCAUCCAGAACUGGUAGCUAUGGCUGUCGGGAGCAGUGGUCCUGUUCAGGCUGAAGUCGACUUCGUCGGUGAGUUUUGCAAAUUUUUAUAA